UUCCUCACAAAUCUUCAACUAGCUCAAUUUGCAUUUGCGUUAGGACUGUGAAGCUCAAACUGAUGCCAUCAGUUGUGAAAGGUAAAACAGAGAGAGAAUAUGCUGGGACUUGAAGGUCUCUUCGCAGAAGAUGGAGAGCAGUUCGAGUCGGCUCUUCAUCAGUCCAAGCCCGGAUUGCCUCAGCCACCAUCAAAACGAGCGAAAUGUGGAUUGUGUGGCAUCAGCAAUCAAGGCGCCACGUGCUACCUGAAUUCUCUGCUACAGACACUAUUUUUUACAACCGAGUUCAGAGAUGCCCUGUUUAGUCUUGGUGAGGAGGAGUUGGGUAGUCUUGCCAAGAGAAGUUCAGGCGAAAAGGUACGGGUGAUACCUCUACAUCUGCAGAAGUUAUUUGCUCGGCUCCUGAUGUCAGAUAGACAGAGUGUGUCCACGAUAGAACUGACCGAUAGCUUUGGCUGGACCAAUAAUGAGGAACUUCAGCAGCAUGAUGUUCAGGAGCUGAACCGGAUUCUUUUCAGUGCAAUAGAGGACUCUCUGGUAGGGACCUCAGGGAAACACCUCAUAAAACAACUGUAUCACGGAGCAAUAGUCAAUCAGAUUGUUUGUUCAGUUUGUGGGAAAAUUAGUGAAAGAGAGGAGGAUUUUUUGGACCUGAGUAUAUCUGUGAGUGGGACUGAGUCUCUGGAAGCAGGCUUACGGAGUUAUUAUUGUGAAACUGAGACCAUGGAGGGGAAAAAUCAGUACCGAUGUGAAAAUUGUAAUAAACUGGUGGACGCCAAAAAGGGAGCCAAGCUUCGCUCACUUCCACAGAUUCUGACUUUCUCACUGCUGAGGUUUAGUUUUGAUUUGAUCAAAAUGGACAGAUACAAGGAGACAGGAAAAUUUGUCUUUCCGACACAACUAGAUAUGUCUCCUUAUGAAGAAAAGUCGGAAGGUGCAGAUCUAUAUGAAUUAUUCUCGGUGGUUGUGCAUAAAGGAGGGGCCCACGGGGGACAUUACACGGCCUACUUACGGGACGUUGACAAUCUUGGGGUGUGGUCAGCCCCAGAAGAAGGCAGCAUUUCCGUCCUUGGGAGCCCUGAGUCGGGGCAACUCGAUGUGAUUGAGUGUGACUCCCCAAUUGAACUUGUUCAGACCAUCCUUAGUCAAGCUCCUGACAAAUGUUUGAGUGUUGACAAGCUAGGAGGGGAAAUAACAAAGAAAACUGGAGUUUCAUGGAAUAAGAGAUUCAGAAAGCAGUAUGGCCCAAUUACAAAGUUCAUUGCAAAGUAUGAUGAUAAGUUCUUCUUUGAUCCGUCCUCAAAUUCAAUCAGUCUGAAACAAUAUACAUCCUCUAGUGUGAUGUCAUCACAACGGAAGGAGACAGAUAUUCCCAAGGCUACCAACUUAGAGGGAGACAACCCCAAAAAAUCCAGGCCCCCCUCACCUCCCCCUCCCUCGGGGUACUGCUGGUUUCACUUUAAUGACAGUCACGUACAUCCCGUCAGAGAACAAGAACUCCAGAGCACAUACUCAGGGAAGUCCAGUGCCUACAUGUUGUUUUAUAGACGAAUUGUCAACCAGUCGUAUAAUGCUUCAUCUGUGAGUGCAGUGCCAGCUUCAUUAGUUAUGGAUGUAAUGAAAGAAAAUGAGGAUCUGCAGAAACAAAGAGAGGCCUAUGAGAUUGAACUGAACAAGAUAAAUCUCCGUAUCCACUUUUCUGCCUGGUUCACGGAGGGUAAUGGGGCCCUCCAACCACAAGAUCCUCAGUCCAAUUACCUCCCCCUGGAACUGGACCGUCGACAGAGCCUGGCCGAUCUUCUGAUUGCAGUAAUGGAGAUUGGAGGAGAGUUGGUGCCAGAGAACUUUGUUAUCCACACGAUGAAGGAGCUACCGUCUGGAUAUCAUCUCUACUCCAAGCUUACAGGUUCAGAUGAUGUGACCAUCCAAAGCCUGGGGGUAGGGGAUGAAGCAUCACUGUUUGUUUGGGAUGGAAAGACGGUUGAUGGAGUAACUGUGGCAGUAGGUGAAGAAACUGAACCCAUCCUGCUAAAUAUAAAUCCACCUGAAGGGGAUUCCCUCAUCAGGGGGUUUCCCAAGAAUAUGUUAUUGUCUGAUGUAUUGGAUAUAGCCUGUGCAGAAUAUCUACUUUACCCAAACUCUGUCAGCAUGCAGAGGUUAGUGGGGAAAGGAGAACAAAAGCUGCUAGCAUUUACAUCAGAGGAAAUGUCUAAAUCAAUCACUGAACUCAAGCUAACCAAUGGAUCAGAAUUAUUUCUUGUACAGGAGUCAGAACAAAUUACCCGUCCAACAAAUGUACCUGUAAAUGUCAAGUUUACAGUUAGCAUAGAAAAUAGGUGCCAGGGAGGAGAUGGACCAAAAGGAAGCAUUCAGCUGCAAGCAUUGCCCACAGAUUCUGUCUCUCUGCUGAAAGCAUUGGCAGUGUCUAAGUUCAGACUUCCUGAGAUUCAGGAUGGGGGCAGAUUGCGUGUAGAACACGAGACCCUUGGACUCAAAUCACCAUUAUGUGAUGAGUUAACUUUGUUGGAGGCAGGAAUAAGUAAAGACUCCAAACUUGUCUUAGAACCAGGACAAGCCCCAAAGUCUAACCAGAUUACUGUGAACAUUACAACUGAUGGUUCAGAGCUGGGACUAACAGACACAGUAGAAAUGUUGGUUAACAGAAACCAGACCGUAGGAGAUUGUUUGACCUGUGUGUUAAACAGACUGAGAGUGGAAGACCCGAGCUGGCACCUGCGUAAAACUAACUGGUGCGGGGAAGCAGCAGACAUACUGAAUGACAUGGAGUCGACAUUGGAGCACAGCUUGGUGAGAGAUGGCGAUUUGUUGAUCCUAGAGAAGGGGAGGCUACCACCAAAGGGGUUUAUCUGUCCGGAGAUUUGGCUGUUCCCGAUAUUGGACAAUGUGCAACAGAGCAACAAGACUGGAUUUCUCUCAUGGCUGUCCACAGGAAUUCAAAAUCUUUGGAAUACUUCCUCAGGGAAAGUAACUCCUGAAAACAGAAAAGGAGCUCUUCAUAUAGGGGAGGUACAGGUGUCCUUGGACUCCACGUUGGAUGACCUCAAGCAACAGGUCAUGACCUUGCCCACUAUUGCUGAACUUGGGGUGCCAAUGGUGGAAUUUUUGAGGGUCAGAGUCAUAGAAGAUGGACCGCUAACUACAGUGCUUAAGGGACCAUCUCAAACAUUGAGAAAACUGCGAUUACAGUCUUGCAGGAAAUUAGGUGUCCAGGUUCUGCCUCAAGAAGAAGAUCUAACUGCCAACCACAUUGUAUUAGAAAUUCGACAGAGAAUUCCGGAGACAAAAACCUAUGCUGCUGGACAGGAAGUAGUGUGGAAUGUAUCCCAGGGAGCCACAGCACACAGUCUGAAGCAGACGAUAGCUGACAUUCUCCUCAUUCCUGUGGAGCACAUCCUAGUCGCCAAACAUUUUCCUAAGAAGUAUGAAUGGCUGAUCAUCAAGGAGCACCAGAAGAAAUCUCCUGGGAAAGGAGGGAGGAAAAAGACUCCACAAAAAUCUAACUUAAGGCAGCCCCCUUAUCACAUCCAGGAUGGGGAUGUUAUAGGGGCGAAGAAUUUACAAUUUGACCCACUUCAACCUGAAGAUUUUUGUACCGAGGAGGACGAACGAGGACAAGAGGAGCUACAGAGGAUUGCUGAGGACAAAAAGAAAGAGAGAGAAGACAAGAAGAACCGAAAAACAGGCGACUUUGAUUUUAGCGAAAAGAAAAAACGCCCAGAGGCCACGCUUAGUAUAAAAGUGGAUGACUUUACGUGACAGAGACUAUAGCUAGUUUUAUUUUCAUGUUGACGGUUAUUCAUAAGACUGUUUUAGCACUGAUGUUAUGUAUAAUUUUAAUGUUGAAAGCAAAAAUAUUGCUGUAAGUUAGUGAAUCCAGGGGGCUUUCAUAUCAGAUGAUACAUGUGUAUCUUUAAGUCAGUAUUGAAAUGUGAUUAAAAAUAAGAUUUUGAAAAUUCUA